AUGGAGUUGGAGACGUUGAUGGAGGAAGGGGCCUCGCCCGGUCCAGGUAGCCGAGAAGGCGACGCGCCGACGGCGGACGACGGCACUCGCGCAUCGCUCUCCAACGGGGACAAAGCUCCUCAUCGCCAUCGACAACAACAACAACAACAACAGCCACAACAAGGACAAGAACAACUAAACUCGGCCGCCGCCAUGAAAUCGAAUUCCGAGCGUCCGAGCAGCUCGCUCAACCUUUACCUGGCUGCAUGCACGGUGAACAUGGGCGCGCUGGUCGCAGGUUGCGCACUGACGUGGUCGUCGCCAACUCUGGUGAAGCUUGAAAACGGCGACACCGGCAUGAAGAUCUCAAGCGACCAAUCCUCCUGGGUGGGCUCGCUGGUGACGUUGGGCGCGGCCAUCGGACCGAUACUCGCCGGAGUCCUGCUGGACCGGUUGGGUCGCAAGAACACGAUCCUCUUGAGCAUGAUACUGUCGGCCAUCUCUUGGAUCAUCAUCGGCGUGGUGCCCGGUAUCUUGUCGCUGUAUGUGGCCCGGGUGUUGGCUGGUGUCGCCGUCGGUAUCAUUUUUACCGCCGUGCCAAUGUACAUCGCAGAAAUAGCUGAGAUGCGUUUGAGAUCGUCGUUGGGCACACUGAUGCAGUUCUUCUUGGUCGUCGGAUUUUUGCUCGAAUACAUUGUCGGACCGUACACUUCAUACCUGACUUUAGUCAUCGUGUCCCUGGCGACACCCGUCCUGUGUUUCGGCAUGUUCGUGUGGAUGCCGGACUCGCCACAGUCGCUGUUGAUACGGCCCGGGGGAGAGCAGAAGGCCAUGGAAUCGUUGAGGUGGUUGCGAGGUAACCCACAAGAGACAGCUCUGAUCAAAGAGCUCGAAGAGAUCAAGAAAUCCGUUGACGAGGCGAAGAAACAAAAGUCCGGUUUCGGCGAACUUUUCUCCAACAGAGGUAACAUAAAGGCGGUAAUCAUAUCCUGUGCCAUGGUAGCUUGGCAGCAGCUCAGCGGCAUCAACGUGGUGUUGCUGUACAGCGAGAAAAUUUUCUUGAAAACUGGCGUCGAACUGUCUGCCAGCGUGUCCACAAUAAUCGUCGGGACUGUGAUGUUGCUCGCUGCCGGUCUGACGCCGACAUUGGCAAAGAUAACUACCAUGAGAAUGCUGCUGUACAUUUCGGCAAUCGGAAUGGCAAUUACUGACGGAACCCUUGGCCUGUUUUUCUACUUACAAGAAUCAGGAAGUGAUGUGAGCUCUAUCGGAUGGUUACCGGUCACAAGUUUGGUGCUUUUCAUUAUCACUUAUUGUCUUGGUUUCGGUCCGCUGCCAUGGGCUAUUAUGGGAGAGAUAUUCCCGACCAAUCUUAAGUCUGGGGCUUCGGCUUUAACGGCCAGUUUCUGCUGGCUUCUGGGCUUCAUAUUGACGAAGUUGUUUAGCACGGUGUCCAAUGCCAUCGGCAUAUAUUCUGUAUUUUGGAUAUUUGCCGUGUGCUGUAUAUUUGCGCUGUUGUUUACGGCGUUUUUGUUGCCACAAACCGAAGGCAAGACACUUCAAGAAAUCCAGGACAUACUGCACGGCAGAAACAAGUCCUCGAACCACAAAAUGACCAGAGCAUGA